AUGAACCAGCUCUCUCCGAGCACCACUCUCUGGCUUCGACAGACCCAAGCAUUGACAAAGAAGAUUCUGCUCAUUACGGUCGUUCGCCACUGGUUAUCAACAUUAAUUCGCUGCCUCGUCAUACCAAUCCUCGUCCUCUCGCUGGUACUGGGGGUCCAGAACUUCACCUCCUCGAACAACAAGUACGGCAUUGGCAAGCCCACAUCCGCUCCGAUCCUUUCCGAAGUCACUCCCGAUGGCGCGAAACUCUUCAUCAUCCAGCCCUCUGGUGCGGGAAGCGACGUCUCCGCUGUGAUCAAAGACGUGGUCAAACCGCUUGGGAAAAAAGCCAAGAUAGAAAUACUCAAGGACGAGCAGGAAUUGAUGGAGAAGUGCCCCACGGACAUUAAUGGAAAAACAGACUGCUAUGCCGCUGUCAUCUUCAACGACUCUCCUCUGAGUGAUGGCGGAAACAAACAGUGGAACUACACGAUGCGAUGCGGUUCCUCCAACGUUGCAUCCAGCUUCGACGUCUUCCAAUCGGCCAAGGCGGCGACGAACCCCUAUAUCCCAUUGCAACUCGCCAUCGACCAAGCCAUCACCAACUCGUCAGCAGUCCCCGACAUGUACAUGUUCACUCGCACUACCCAGGAACAGGCCAAAGCAGUGCACCGCCGUAAGUUCAUCGAUAUGGUCUUGGGAGGGCUGAAUCUCGUAUGCUUUGCAAGCAUGCUGUCCCUUGUCUACCACGUUGUUGGCACCAUCGCAUCAGAGCGCGAGUCGGGCAUGACGCAGCUGAUUGAUGUUAUGGGCGGAGGUGCAUUUUCUGCUCGAGUGCUGAGCUAUCUCAUCGCAUUUGACAUUAUAUACCUACCGUCCUGGAUUAUAUUAGGAGGAAUCUACUCUAGUCUGCUCCUUCCGACUUCUAGUGCCGGCAUAACCAUCCUCUGGCAAAUCCUCACCGGAUGGGCUCUGACUAGCGGCUGCGUCUUUGGUGCGACAUUUGCCAUCAGAUACUCUACCAUCCUCGCCGUUAUUGCCCUGAUCGGCAUGGCUGCCUUCGCACAGCUUCUCGACAGCCAAACAGAACCGAUAACCGCGAGCGUCGCCAUGGCAUUCUCCAUCAUGUUCCCCAGCUGCAGCUACAUCUUUGUUCUGAACUCUAUGGCUCGAUACGAAAAGGCAGGAAAAGCGACCAACAUUUACGCCAUACCCCCAUCCCCUGGCUUCGAGGUACAGAAAGCUACCAUUGGGACGCUCUGGUUGUGCUUGUGCUUGAGCAUCGUUGCUUUCCCCUUGGUCACCAUCGCGAUCGAACGAUUUGUCCAUGGAACCAGCCGCGGGCGCCAAUUCAAGACGGGCCCUAAAGCAGACAACACUUCAUUGGCCCUCCAAGUCAUCGGGGUUACAAAGACAUACAAAGCCAGUAUAUGGAAACGGAUGUGCUGCUUCGGCAAGCGUCGUCCCGUCAUUGCCGUCAAUUCGAUGACCUUUUCAAGCAACAAGCAGCAGGUCCUCUGCCUGCUAGGUAGUAAUGGCUCUGGCAAGACGACGACAAUGGAUCUCAUCACUGGAAGACAGAGCCUGACGGGCGGGUCAAUUCAGAUCAAUGCUCCGGCAUCCAAGAUUGGCUUUUGUCCGCAACGAAACAUACAAUGGGACGAACUGACGGUUCUGGAGCAUGUCAGCAUAUGGGAUAUGAUCAAGGGGGGCACGUCAACCCGAGCACGGUUGGAAAGACUUGUCGAGUCGUGCGAUCUGAGUCUCAAGAUGCACAGCCGGGUUGGAACGCUCAGUGGUGGACAGAAGCGCAAGGUUCAGUUGGCAUGCAUGAUUGUUGGCGGAAGCUCGGUCUGCCUCAUGGACGAGGUUACAACAGGAAUGGACCCAGUGUCACGCCGAGCCAUCUGGAAUAUCGUCCUGGCCGAGCGCUCAAAGCGAUCCAUUAUCCUAACGACGCACUUCAUCGACGAAUGCGAUGUCCUGGCCGACCAGGUUGUCCUCAUCUCUCGCGGUCAUGUUAAGUGCCAAGGCUCACCUGCAGAGCUGAAGAACUUAUACGGAGGGGGAUACCGCGUUCACGUGCCACAGAUUGACGGCAUUCCCCAGACACGAUUCCCAGCAGUCGCCCACCAAGGCGAAACAAUCUUCAACACACCCGACUCGGCCUCUGCUACCAGGCUCCUCUCAUCCUUGGAAGCGGCAGGGCUGUCCGAUGUCGUGGUCUCGGGGCCGACAAUUGAACAUGUCUUUCUACAAGUCGUCAAUGACCCUGAGGAGUCGGAGAAGACGACUUCUGGCAUUUUGGAAGAUGAUUUGAUACCCCUCACUGUGGUGGAUCCAACGACGGACGGUGAACUGUCCUCAGGCACCCGAACCACCUUCACCCAGCAGCUUGCAGCUCUGACAGUAAAGCGCCUUACCAUUUUUCGCAGCAACUUUUGGUGGUACAUCGUAGCCAUGACCCUCCCUCUGGCUUUCUCACCAGGCGCCACGUCACUGUUAAAGGUUUCGGACGGCAUCGACACAUUCCCAUUCGAGCUGCCUUUAUGCGUCAGCUCUCAGCCAUCCAUCUUUGACGAGCCCUGGCCCGUUGAUAUCGUUGCAUCGGGAUACGCCGACGAGGUCGGCUCAGGCGUCAUGUCAAUGCUUGUAGGCCCGCAAUCGACACGUAGGAGUGUGUUUGGCGUCAUCGACAAGUUUACAAUUGGAGAGAGGUAUAAUUCCAACAACUUCGAUUCCGACUUCACCUUUCAAAACGGUUUCAAAGCCUUCCAAAACCGCAUGCGCGAACCGGUGAAAUUUACUCCAGGCGCCAUCUACUUUGGUGAUGACUUGGAUAAGGCAACUAUUGCCUACAAUCCCGAGCUCGGCUAUGACACACCCGUCUUGAUGCAAAACCUGUAUAGCCAAGCCGCCAGCGGCGUUCCCAUUACAGUGCAGCUGGCUUUCUUCAGCAACUCAACGCCUGCUGACGCCGGCUCCGGCCUGAUUGCUGCAAUAAUACUUGCUUUCCUCCACUCUCUCUACCCUGCUUUCUUCGCCCUCUACCCGACCUACGAAAAGCUGCACAAGGUCCGAGCCCUUCAGUACUCCAACAACGUCCGCCCAUACCCGCUGUGGGCCUCAUGCAUGAUCUUUGACAUGAUUUUCGUCACCAUCAUUGCUUCCUUGGGAACGCUCGCCCUUUCGGCUCAUGUCGAGAACUGGUACUUUGCUGGGUACAUGUUCCCAGUCAUGUGGCUCUAUGGAAUUGCGAGCAUGCUAUGGAGUUAUAUUAUCUCCCUGUAUGCCACUUCUGAGUUGACGGCCUUUGGCUUAACGGUUUGUUCAAUGGUUGGUACCUUCACCAUCACCAUGAUUGGUUUCUCACUAACUAGUCAGCUCGGCGCAACCAACCCGAGUCCCAGCAGCCCCACCCUUGCUCUGGACGCAGUCUCCUUCUCUCUCGGCCUGCUGUUCCCCAUCAUGAACCUGUUCCGGGCCAUGGCGGUUGGCCUCAACAUCUGGCUCGUCAGCUGCCGUAACUACAAGCUACUUACUAACCCAGGGGACAUCCAUGCCUAUGGCGGACCUAUUAUGCUGCUUGCUAUCCAGAUUAUUUACUUAUUCCCUCUUCUUGUCUGGCUGGAUGGUCAAAGGUCUUUCUCUUGGCCGUGGCGUCGAACGAAGCAGGUCAAUGCUGAAGAGUCUAUCUCGAACAAUCACCAUGGUAUUGAGAUGAAUAAUAUCGGGAACGAGGGGUCCGUCUCGGAUCUGCUUCGUGUAACGCAAGUGACCAAGUCAUUCGGAGGCAAACUUGCGGUCCAGAACGUAUCGUUGGCGAUAGGCGAGAGCUCGGUUAUUGCGCUGCUCGGCCCCAAUGGCGCUGGCAAGACGACGCUUACAAACAUGAUGCGUGGUGAGAUGGUUCCAGACAACGGCAGAAUUUAUGUGCAGGGAGUUGAAGUGCAAGGGAACCUCCAAAUGGCGAGGAAAUCCAUUGGCGUUUGUCCACAAUUCGACGCUCUCGAUAAGAUCACUGUUAGACAGCAACUGAAUUUCUAUGCCCGGAUCAAGGGCAUCAGCAACAUAAAGCAGAACGUUGAGCUGGUCAUGUCCAAGGUUGGCCUAACACCCUAUGCCUCUCGCCUUACCCAUGUCCUGUCAGGCGGCAAUAAGAGGAAAUUGAGCCUCGCGAUUGCACUACUAGGUAAGCAGUACUUUGACUUCGGUCCUUUUGAAUUUAUUAUUGACAAGUACGCAGGCAACCCCAGAGUCCUGAUCCUUGAUGAGCCAAGCUCCGCAAUGGACGCCUGUACGAAACGAGAGAUGUGGAAGAUGCUCUCUUCAAUCACCUCGGGGCGCUCCGUCUUACUGGUUACGCACUCUAUGGAAGAAGCUGAUGAGCUAGCGACCCAGGUAGCUAUCAUGUCUAAACGUAUCCUGGCCAUUGGCACAAGUCAGCAACUCCGAAAGCAAUACAGCAAUGUAUACGACGUCCAUUUAGUGCUUAAAACAGCACCGGGCUCGUCACGUACAGAGAUCCAAGAACUUGAGUCCUGGGUUCGCGAUGUCUUUCCGCAAGCCUCUUUCGAUGCCAUCAAUCUAGGUGGACAAGUUCGUUUUGUUAUGCCGGUUGCAUCAAGCUUACCCGAUGAUGGGAGGAGCACUGUCCUGAGGUUAAUGGAGAUUUUGGAGCAACACCGGACGAGCCUUAGGCUUGCACACUACACGGUUGGGAUGGGAACGCUAGAGUUGGCAUUUUUGAGGAUUAUAAAGAACUGUGAUGUGCCAGAGGUCCUGCAGGAGCAUACACAUGUCAUUGUAGGGGUAUGGCACACCACUAUGCACAAUAGCAUCCCGACAUACCAAAUCGGCAAGGGAUCAUGCCAUGUCCAUGCCUACCAAAACCCUAGUGUUAACGGCAUUAACUCUGGUUGGGUGCAGGAGUACAUUAUCUUUCUCGAAUAUCAUGUCGACUUCAAAAGCUCUGUUAGCAGGUGUUCGCUUAUGACCUUUGGGAAACGCCUUGACUGGUAG